AUGGUGCAUGUCGCCCGUUCUCCAGUAGUGGAUGAGGUUAUUCGUUUUUUUCCGAAAAUGUUGGAUGACGGCCGCCUUCCUCAUCGUCCCCAAUUAGAACUUAGUUUCGCACCUCCAGAAUACGAAAACGUUCUUUUAACUACGCUAUCAACGGGUACACUCAAGUUUCCUGGAGAAGAAAAUGCCUACACCUUCACUGCUUCUAAUCUUAGAGAUUGUGGAAAGAUUGGUAGCGGAAAUUUUGGAUCAGUCUACAAAAUGAUCCACAAUGAAAGUGGAAAGGAAAUGGCCGUAAAGAGGAUUCGUUGUAAUAACAUUAACAAUCGUGAACAGGAAAAAAUUAUCCGUGAACAUGAUACAAUCAUGCGAUCGGAGCAAUGUCCUAAUAUAGUGAAAUUCUUCGGUGCUAUCUUACAUGAGGGUGACUGCUGGAUAUGCAUGGAAUUAAUGGAUAUUUCUCUGGAUAUACUCUAUAAACGAGUUUAUAAUCUUCACCACACGAGGUUUGGAGAGAAUGUGAUUGGUCACAUUGCAGUUUCAGUGAUUGAUGCUCUAGAUUAUUUGAAAUGUCAUCUGGAAAUUAUUCAUAGAGAUGUGAAACCAUCAAAUAUUCUUGUAAAUAGAUGCGGAAUGGUGAAGCUAUGCGAUUUUGGAAUAAGUGGUCAGCUGAUCGACUCAUUAGCCAAAACCCACGACGCUGGAUGUCAGCCAUACCUAGCGCCUGAACGCUUAUCCCAUUAUGGGAAGAAAUAUGACAUCCGGUCUGACAUAUGGUCACUUGGAAUCACUUUGUACGAGAUUGCUACUGGCGAAUUCCCAUAUCCUCCGUGGAAUUCGGUGUUUGACCAGCUCAGCGCUGUUGUACAAGGUGAUCCACCUAUGUUGGACAUGAAUGGACAGUUUUCUCGGAGUUUCGUCACCUUUGUUAGCAAAUGUUUAACAAAAGAUUGCAAAGAGCGUCCAAAAUAUCAAGCAUUGAAAAAGGAAGAAUUUUACCAAAUGCACGCAGUCCCUGGUCCUCUUAUUGAUACUGCACGUGAUUUCCUCAAAUAUUACACGUUAGAUUACCUUGAGAGUUUCGAAAAUAGUGUGAUGUAA